AUUACUUAAUUGCUUUAUGUGCUAAGUAUGUAUAUUCCACUAUUUCAUAUCUGUGUCUGUCAUUUGAGAUAUUUUGCUAUGCUGUCUGAUAUAUUUGUGAUUAACGUUGUAAUACGUGAUGUCUAGCAUAAUUAUUUUUCUAGGCUCCGGAGCAAGAAAACACAUCUGCUAAAUGGAGCAGGCCUCCUCCUCCUCAAUUAAACCCACAAACAGAUGUAUUGGUCUUUCAGCAAAUAGAUAUCGACCAUUACUUGGAUGCACCUUUACCUGGCAUGCCAGGCAGUAAAACAGCUCCAGUACCAAUAAUGAGAAUGUUUGGUGUCACAGAACAAGGAAAUUCUGUUUGUUGUCAUGUUCAUGGUUUCACUCCAUACCUGUAUGUCUCAGCUCCACAAAACUUCAAUGAACAUCAUUGUAGGCAGUUUAAGGAUGCUUUAGAUAAGGCUCUGUUAAAAGAUAUGAGAUCAAAUCCAGAUAAUAUUCAAGAAACUGUUUUGGCUGUUGAACGGGUGUAUAAACAGAACAUGUAUGGCUAUGCAGGAAAUGAGAAAUCAUUAUUCUUAAAAAUAACAGUGGCAGUACCAAAAUUAGUCGCACCUUGCAAAAGACUGGUCGAGGCGGACAAUAUUAUACCCGAAUUUAAUCAUAAGUAUAUUGCUUAUGAAAGCAACAUUGAUUUUGACAUUAGAUUUAUGGUAGACACCUCAGUUGUUGGAUGCUCAUGGAUCGAAUUGCCUCCGAAGACGUGGAAACUUCGUCAACACUAUGGACAUGAUUUACCGUUAAUUACAAGAUGCCAAUUGGAAGUGGAUGUGGCAUGGGAUGCUUUCAUUGCACAUGAGCCACACGGAGAAUGGUCGAAAAUCGCACCAUUCAGAAUACUCAGUUUCGAUAUUGAAUGCGCUGGCCGCAAGGGUAUUUUUCCCGAACCAAAUCACGACCCAGUUAUACAGAUUGCUAACAUGGUAAUAAGACAGGGAGAACCAGAGCCUUUUUUAAGAAACAUUUUUACUCUGGACACGUGCGCACCAAUCGUUGGUAGCCAAGUUUUAAGUUUCGAUAAGGAACAAGUAAUGUUAGAGAAAUGGGCUGAAUUUGUGAGACAGUUGGACCCCGACAUUUUCACUGGAUAUAACAUAAAUAAUUUUGAUUUUCCCUAUCUAAUUAAUCGAGCAAAGCAUUUCAAUUUAACGAAUUUUUACUUUCUUGGUCGAGUGAAGAAAGUGAAGUCUGUGAUUAAAACUCAAGUACUUCAAAGCAAACAGAUGGGUAAUCGUGAAAAUAAGCAUGUCAAUUUUGAAGGAAGAGUUCCAUUCGACUUAUUGCUGGUACUGGUCAGGGAUUACAAAUUAAGGUCUUAUACCUUAAAUGCUGUCUCCUAUCAUUUUUUGCAAGAACAAAAAGAAGAUGUUCAUCAUAGUAUUAUCACAGACUUACAAAAUGGCAAUGCACAGACCCGACGAAGGCUUGCUGUCUAUUGUUUAAAAGAUGCGUACUUACCGCUAAGGCUUUUAGACAAGUUAAUGUGUAUUUUUAUCUAUAUGGAAAUGGCAAGAGUCACUGGAGUUUCUUUAUGCAGUUUGUUAACCCGGGGCCAGCAAAUAAAAGUUGUUUCUCAACUUUUGAGGAAGAUUCGAGAAAAAGAUUUUUUAAUGCCAGUACACCGGGGACAAGCUACUGACGAACAAUUCGAAGGUGCAACAGUCAUAGAACCAAAGCGUGGCUAUUAUAAUGAUCCAAUUGCGACUUUGGAUUUCAGUUCUCUAUAUCCUAGUAUUAUCAUGGCCCACAAUCUGUGUUAUACAACACUGUUAAAUAGCGAGAGGCAGACUAAGUAUAAAGUUAAUUCAGAAGAUGUAACUGUGACUCCAACUGAUUCAAGGUUUAUCAAAGCUAACGUCAGAAAAGGAAUUCUACCAGAAAUUUUAGAAAAUCUCUUAUCAGCUAGAAAAGCAGCGAAAGCUGAGUUGAAAAAUGAAACUGAUCCAUUGAAACAAAAGGUAUUGGAUGGUAGACAGUAUGCUUUGAAAGUAUCUGCCAAUUCUGUAUACGGUUUCACUGGCGCUCAGAUGGGAAAAUUACCAUGCUUAGAGAUUUCUGCUAGUGUUACCUCGUAUGGACGUACCAUGAUAGAAAAAACGAAACAGGAAGUGGAACAGCAAUUCUGUGUUACAAAUGGGUAUAAUAAUGAUGCAGUAGUUAUAUAUGGAGAUACAGAUUCUGUUAUGGUUAAAUUUGGUGUAAAAACAGUUGAGGAAGCCAUGAGUCUCGGUAGAGAAGCAGCAGAAUUUGUAUCUUCAAAAUUCCUAAAGCCAAUAAAAUUAGAAUUCGAGAAAGUAUAUUUUCCAUACCUAUUAAUUAAUAAGAAGCGGUACGCUGGUUUAUACUUUACACGGCCAGACAAAUAUGAUAAAAUGGACUGUAAAGGUUUAGAAACUGUACGAAGAGAUAAUUGUCCAUUAGUAGCCAACAUGAUGAAUACUUGCUUGCAAAAAUUGCUCAUUGAUAGAAACCCUAAUGAUGCUCUAAAUUAUGCAAAGCAAAUGAUAAGCGAUCUCUUAUGUAAUCGUGUUGAUAUUUCUCAGUUAGUGAUUACAAAGGAAUUAACGAAGACUGAUUACCACGCCAAACAAGCUCACGUUGAAUUAGCUGCAAAAAUGAAGAAACGUGACGCUGGAAAUGCACCGAAACUUGGUGACAGAGUUCCAUAUGUCUUAAUAUCAGCAGCCAAAGGCACACCAGCUUAUCAAAAAGCUGAGGAUCCAAUAUACGUGUUGGAAAAUAAUAUUCCUAUAGACACGCAAUAUUACUUGGAAAAUCAGUUAGCCAAGCCAUUGGUACGCAUUUUCGAGCCAAUUCUUGGCGACAAGGCUGAAUCGCUUUUGUUGAAGGGAGAUCACACACGUACGAGAUCUCGUGUUACAUCGAAAGUUGGAGCUCUGUCCGCCUUCACACUUAAAAAGGCGGCAUGUUUGGGCUGCAAAGCUGUUCUAACACCAGAAAGGGAAAAAAUGGCUUUAUGUCAAUAUUGCGAACCAAAAGAAGCAGAAUUUUAUCAAACUGAAUUGUACAUGGGUAGAAAAUUGGAAGAGAAAUUCUGUAGAUUAUGGACAGAAUGUCAAAGGUGUCAGGGAAGUCUUCACCAAGAAGUAUUGUGUACUAGUCGUGAUUGCCCUAUAUUCUAUAUGAGAAAGAAAGUUCAAAUGGAAUUAGAUACGCAAAUGAAACGAGUUGAAAGAUUUGGCAUUCCGGAGUGGUGAAACUAUAAUGUUUUAAAAAGAUCAGAGACGUCUUAAAGAUUUGGAAAGUUCUGUUUUUAAGGGCAUCUAAUCCAAGCGCCUGAUGCACCUCUGCUACACUUAAACAUCCUGCCAUAUCUUGUUUAUUUGCUAAGACCACCAGAAUGGCACCUUGCAAUUCUUCUUCCUGGACGCGUACAAUCAUAUAUAUAUUUAUUCAGUAUUGCAAACAAUGUCUAUUAGUUUUACGUUCAUUUGUAUUGUUAAAUAUAUUUAUAGUUCAUUUCAUA